AUGGCAUCGCUGGAACUAGAUGGCCAAAGGCCUAGAUCUCUGAAGGCAAGUGAAACAUUGGGGACACAGAGGAGACUCCUGAUGGUCCUGGUGACCCUGCUGGUUCUUGUCUUCAUGUUCCUGAUAAUCCUGACCUGCCUCAUGUUUAUAUACUAUUCCCGUAUAUCAGAGGCUAUAGACAGUAUAAAACAGGACAUACAGACAGUACGAAAAGAGAUACCCCGGUGUGAAUCUGACUGGAAAUCCUUUAAUGGAAGCUGUUAUUAUAUUGUUACAACUGAGAAGAACUGGAUGGAGGCCCAGGCCUUUUGUAAAUCAAUGAACAGCGACCUGGUUAUUAUCACCAGUGAGAGGGAACAGAAAUUCCUUGAAAGUCUUACUGACAAAUCAUACUUUUGGAUCGGCCUCAAAAGGGAUAAGGAUGAUAAAAAAGUGUGGAGAUGGGUGGAUGGAACACUCCAUAAUUUAUCAGAUGGAUUCUGGUACGAGGAUGAGCCAAAUAAUAAGUAUGGAACAGAAGACUGUGUUCUACUGUGGAAAGAGGAAAAGUGGAAUGAUGAUGAUUGCAUCGAUCAGCUCGCAAAAAGACCAACAGAAAUUUAUAGAAAACAAGACAAGACCAAGAAACUCCAAUGGAACAAAGAGAAAGGAACAAGGCAAAGUGAUUUUGAUAGUGAUGUAAAUGAAGAUAUCCCUGGCUCUAGGGAACCAAUGAAGAUGAUGAAGAUUCAACAAGAAUCUGAAGGAGAAAACCUCCCACCAAAAGCUCUGAAGGCAAGUGAAACAUUGAGGGCACAGAGGAGACUCCUGAUGGUUCUGGUGACCCUGCUGGUUCUUGUCUUCAUGUUCCUGAUAAUCCUGACCUGCCUCAUGUUUAUAUACUAUUCUACAGUGAGCCGGCAGCUACAGCAGGAACAUAAGGAGAAAGAUGAGCAGAAAGCCAACCUUCUAAUCCAAAUCACAGCCAUAAACCAAACACUGGAUAAGUGGAAAACCAACCUUCUAACACAAAUCACAACCAUAAACCAGAGACUGGAUUCCCGUAUAUCGGAGGUUAUGAAGAGUAUAAAACAGGACAUCUUACAGACAAUCCGAAAAGAGAGACCCCAGUGUGAUUCUGGCUGGAAAUCCUUUGAUGGAAGCUGUUAUUAUAUUGUUACCACCAAGAAGAACUGGAAAGAUGCCCAGGCCAUUUGUAAAUCAAUGAACAGCGACCUGGUUAUUAUUGACAGUCAGAAGGAACAGGUGAGGCACUUACUAAAUAUACAAGACAGCUGA